UUUCUCUUGUGCGUCCCAUACCACUUGACCAAGCGGCGUCCGGCGAGCUUCAACCGCUUUUCUACCGUUAUUCCGCUUGUUUUGUUUGUUAGUUUCGUAGCCCGCUUGGUGGUAGCAGUUCAACGCGUCCUCCUCCCGAAGAAUCUCGUUUAAAAGGCUUACAAUAAAGCCAUGUCGUAUCUGAAGUUGGUUUUUGUAUUUUCGGUGGUUCUAGCUAGUGUCCUAGGUCAACAGGAUGGACAUCAACACGAUGGACAUCUUAAUCACGAACAGCAUAGGGUUAAUGUAGCAGUUUACUAUGAAUCUCUAUGUCCAGAUUCCAGAGCAUUCAUUACCAAACAACUUUACCCAGCACUCCAAGGAAAUCUGUCAAAAUACGUGAAUCUAACGUUAGUUCCAUAUGGAAAAACCACGAUGGAGUUCAAAACAAACGAGUACGAAUUCACUUGUCAUCAUGGUCCAAACGAAUGUUACGGUAACAAAAUUCAAGCAUGCGCUCUUAAGCUGAUUGACGGUGGAAGAAGGACCGAAGGGCUUGGAUACAACAAAGUUGCAACUAGUUUUGUAAACUGUUUAAUGGAGAAGGCCAGCCAGAAGACAGAUCCCAACAGCUAUCCAACCAAGGAAUGUGCCGAAUCCAACCAAGUGACUAAUUUGAACAUCAUUGAAAAUUGUGCUGGACACACUGAUGGAUCAAACUAUUUGGCAAACCUUGGAUCCCUUACGAAAGCUUUACAAGAUCCUUUGAAAUCCGUCCCAACAGUCGUCUUCAACCAACAACUGAAAGCCCAAGAUAACUCCCUGGCUCAGAGCAAUUUUGUCAAAGCAUUGUGCAGUUACAUCCAAGGACAGAAACCCAACGAAUGCAACGGAGUUGACACGAUCAAAAUGUCACUUGGACUUUUAGUAAUCAUGUCUCUAAUCACCAAAUUCUUAAACUAAGUCCAAACUACGUUCAAAAUCCAAAACAUAUCGAAUAUUUUUACACCUAUCCGUCUUUUUAAUUAUAUUUUUACAAAUUUGGUCUUUUUUGUACUUAUUUCUUUUUUAUGAUCUUCGAUGCCAUUUGUACACUUAAAAUGCCUUCUUAAAUGACCAAAAAAUAUAAUGUUAUAAUCAAAAUAAGUACCUUAAACUGUCUCCAACCUAUAAAUAUAGAUAUAGGAUUGAUCUAAAGAGAUUGUAAAAUAUAGAAUAAACAAAAAUUGUAAUUCUUAAUUUCUGUGAAUUACUGUCUUUUAGGUCAAAAUAUAAAUAGUAUUUAAUUUUAAAAUGAAAUGUAUUUUAAAAACCUCUAGAAUUAUGAUCUUAUUUUUAAUAAAGAAAUACAUAAUAAAUUUA